AUGUACUACACGCACUUCGCGCAGAGGAUGCCACAGGCUUGGCUUGUGUCGUUUUCAACAAAAUCGCCCUCUCUGCUCAGUACUAGGGCGCAGCGUUCGUGGUGCUGUUUUGUUUGGCCGCUUGAAGAGGAGAACGCUACGGAAGGAGGCGUCGUGAGGAAGACCAUCAAGGUGUUGGAAGGUCUAUCCAAACCUCUGCAGGCUCAUCUCGGCUUAGGUAGUCUUUCUGAAGCCCAGUCAGGAGGAGAUCAUAUCAGGUGUUCUCCGCGCGCUAUCAUGGAGCUGUCCGCGCUGCCUGGUCCCGCCGUUGACAGCGCCUGCUGUCGCCAGUGAGCCGUAGCGGGAUGUUGUGCGGCGAGUUCUCGAGCCGAGCAUCGCCCCUCAGCCUGAGCCUGCACCUGAGCCUGGCCGACACGCGCAGCCCCUACUUCACUCUGCUCGCCUUCUGCCAGGGCAUGGCCGCCUUCACCGCCGUCUCCGACGACGACGACAUCUUUCUCGAGAACGGGCUGCUGAGCUACCGGAACCCCAACUACCACCUGGACCCGGCGCGGCUGGACGAUGCGCUCAACUCCAACACGGAGCAGCUGUACGAGGAGCUGUUCAGCGAGCUGGACGCCGUGUG